AUGUCAUUGUUUGAUUUUGAGAACAAGUCAUUAAAUAGAAAAAUCAGAGAUUUCAAUGAAAAAACCAUAAAAAAGAUCUUGAGUUUGGAAAUUUGUCAGGUCAAUUAUAAGAUAACUAAACUUGAAAAAGCAAACAAACGUUUACAGGAUGAAUUACAUCAUGUAUCAGAACUUGAAGAGUACAUACGUAAAACAAAGAUAUCUUACAACAAAAUAUUCUUCAAGAUCCAAAAAGUCAACUUAAAUAAGAUUAGAUGUUUAUCUAAUGAAAGUAGAAACAAGGCGAAGAUACAAGAUAGGUGGAUGAUGAACUUGUCAAACAGGGAACUUCCUGAAAAUGUAAAAAAUCUUCUAUCACUAGGCACAAAGUUCUCAUUACCGAUGACAAAAAAUGAUGUAAAAAUAGAUGAAUUAAUAGCAGACGUGGAAAAUAUUCUACUGACAGUACCAGAAAGAAGAAAAGAUACACAGAGAGCAAGAGUAACCAAUGUGAUUACAAAUUUCAUUCAUAAGAACAUUGAAGUAAACUCUCCCAUGACUAGAUGGUAUCAUGAGACGAAGGUAUUUUUGAAGAAUAAUGAAGACCUUAUAGUGCUCAAUAGUGACAAGGGAGCAGUGACAGUAAUUAUGGACAAAGCAGAAUACGAAGACAAAAUACAAACACUCUUAAACUCAGAUGAUUUCAAACUAUUGCCAAGGGACCCAACACAAACUAUACAAACUCAGUGUAACAAGUUCAUAACUAGGCUCGUGGAGAAAAAUUAUAUUACAGAGCAGCAGGCGAAAUCAAUGAAAACUUACAAUUCGGUGGCUCCACGAAUUUAUGGAAAUCCCAAAGUGCACAAGCCAGGUAAUCCAAUAAGACCUAUAAUUUCGAGUAUUAAUAGUCCAAUGACAUCUCUUUCACGGUUUAUGGCGUCUAUUUUAAAGGCAGCCUACAAUACAGAUAAUGAUUUUUACAUAAAAGAUAGUUUCCAGUUUUCAGAUCAGAUUAAUAAUUACAUAUUACCGGAUAAUUACAAAAUAGUGUCUUUUGAUGUGGUUAAUCUGUUUGGAUCUUUAGAAAAAAAUUUGAUUGUUGGUGUUCUGAAGAAUAAAUGGGAGGAUAUAAAGCAGCACACAUCGAUGGAUGAAGAUACUUUCUUUGAGAUAAUGUCCUUUCUCCUGGACAAAAACUAUUGUACGUUCAGAGGGAAAUUCUAUUCUCAGAUAGUCGGUUGUGCGAUGGGAUCGGAACUAAGUCCUAUAAUAGCACAAUAUGUGAUGGACGAUUUAGUGAUUCAAUCGUUAUUGAAAUUAAGGUUCAUUAUUCCAAUAUUAAAAAAAAUUUGUGGAUGA